AUGCGACUUCGCGAGUACAAACAUCCUUAAGGCUCCCACAAGAGUUCUCUUCUCUUCUCUUUGUUCUCUUUUCCAUAGCUGAAAGGUUGGACAUUUCUCCUGAGACACAAUGGGCGACAAGCAACCCAAGAAGCAACCCCAGAGGCAACCUCCGAAAAGAUCGACUCGCCAAAAUGCAGGAGUAAGAGGACAGCAGAACCAGCAGGGAGCUCAAGCCCCCUCGACUUCGGGACAAGCUGCACCAUCUUCUGGACCUGCCAACACAAACCAGCCACCUCGGGGCAGAGCCCAGCCUGCGAAGAGAAAGCGUGCUGCAACAACCAGCCCGGACCCACCUCCACAACCGACAAAGAGAGCCAGAACUGGCCGUGCAGCGCGAGCGCCACCAGCAUCACAGGCACCAGAAGCAUCACAGGCACCACAGGCACAGGAUGUUGGGAUAGCUCGAGCAGCUCCACCAUGGGUGCAAGGUGUCUUGGGCAGACCACAGCCUGUCAGCCGACCCCAAGCAUACCCUCCUAAUGGACAGGCACCACCACCUCUACCUACGACCAGAGCUCAGCGAAACCAACGCAUAGAAGCCCUCAGAAACCAGAUCCGAUUCCCCCGUGGGGGCGGACACUACGCCCUCAGCGAGCUCCUCACUUGGGCCAAUUGGGACGUCAACCGUGCAGCCGCGGUCUACUGGGAGAGCCAAAAUAAUAACCAAGCAACGGGCCUCACUACACCAAUAUGGAAUCGAGCAGCCGACAACGUCGAGCAAGAAAGAUUGCGGCUCCUUCACGACAUGCAACAAGGUCUCAGAAGUCGCCAACGACCACAGCUCCACACUUCAAAUGCGAACAUGGCCUUACUGCUUCAGCGGAACAACUGGGACUUGGAUGAAACCUCGAGAGACAUUGGGGCGCGCGGCUCGGACACGGCCAACGAUGGCGCAGGUCAGACGAAUAAUCGCAGCGAUCCCUUCGACGACCUUACCGAGCAGAUCGCUCGCAUGCGGACUCAACCAGAUGGGGAGCCUAGCCGAGAUCAGAGAUUGGCAGAGUUCCUCACCAUCACAUCGACCAACAGCGUGGAAGCAGCUCGACGAGUACUGGAAAGACGGCGGUGGGAUCUGGCACUGGCCAUUGAUGAAUGGAUCCAGCGUGGCGGACUUCAGGUCCAGGCCAACGACACUGUAAUGCGAUCAUGGAACCCGAACAGACCUCGCAGAGUCAUCAACGGCAGGUUCGAACACUACGAUGACGAGGUGCCGCUGCCACAACACCCGGAACCCAUGGUCCCAGGGACCGAGACACCAGCUGCAGCUCCGGAUUUGCGAAAUCCUCGUCGUGACGCAGAUAACAUGCCAGGACGCGACUAUGACACCAUGGAAGGCCGCACCGGCAGAAGAGGGUACGUCAUCGACGAAGACCGCCGCCCCGCUGGAAGAGGUGCUCCCGACGAAUCCAAGCUGCGCAUCGAAUACAUCCGCAAGGGAGAGUAUCACACCAUCUACUUCGGCCGCCCGGGCGACAAACACGAGGACGAACCAAGGCAGAAGGACAGGCGGAACAGACACAACUACAGCUUCUCAGACAGUCCCGACCAGUCUCUGAACGAGUUCGACUGGAACAACUCCGCAGACAUCACCAAGCUCAACAGAUGGCGCACAGAGCGUUUCCGAGCAAUCACCGGCGAAAAGGUCCGGGAUGAAACCACUCCCUUCAACAAGUACGAGCUCGCCUGGCUCACGGAGCAGGAAGCCAUGCGGAUCGAGGAGAGGUUCUAUGACUGGGCGUCACAGAACCGUUUUGACCCGAACGAAAGCUCGCCGGCGGCGUAUGCCGACGCGAAGACCAAAUUCGCAGACGGCACCAGCUUCCCUAUUGCCCUCACCGCCGCCGAGAGAGAGUCGCUCGUGGAGCGCUUCAAUGACACCUUCGCCGGCAGGCACACGUUCCUCAAGUGGAUCGCACGUCGCAAUCCGGCGGACACGAGGCCGGAGACCACUCUACCCGACGGCUCACAGCAGUUGCGGUACAAUAUCAUGUGGGAGGCCAAGGUCAAGGACAUGAGCCGCGUCGGUGUGGUGCCUCGUCCCCAGCGGACGGAGGAGAUGAUCAACCAACAGCGCAAGAGGAUCAAGGCGCACUGCAAGCAUUUUGGCUUGAGGUAUGAGCACGGGAACGAGGGUGAUGGUCUGGAGAGCGAGCCCGACUCGGAUUUAUAG